CACAAUUCUCCGCCUCGUUCCCAUUCCGCCCAAGAUCGUCUGUACCGACAGCGAGAGUUCCGUCUCGUGUACCAUGAACCACUAUUCCGAUCCCAGCUCACGCAGCUCAUGCAGCGGCUCCAGCUUCUCUCCCGCCGAAGCUCCCACGCAUUCUCCUUUCAACUCACACAUUCGCACCUCAUGCGACGCCUGCAAACGGCUGAAGAUCAAAUGCGAAAAGAACGGUGACAGCUGCGCCCAUUGCCUCAAUCGCGGGAUAACAUGUGCGACGACAUUGGCUGAGCGCAAGAAGAGGCAGCCGACAAGGUCUUGGACUCUUGAUGCAUCCGAUGCCUUGUUGACAAACACUGAGAAUUUCUAGAUCCGCCUCCCUCCUCGACAUUGAGAGCCGUAUCAAG